GCUUGUGUUUCAUUUGGAUUGAAAAUGCACUCCAUGUGUUGCAACAUGUUUGUUUCCAGACUUUGGAAUCCCCUUUCUGAUCAGACAUGUCGAAGCGGUGCUUCGUUUAAAAUCACUCCUCAAAACACACUCAUAUUUCUUAUAUGUAUGCACUCUCACCACGUCCUCGUCACUUUUCUUUGGCAGUUGCGAAGAAGCAGCACAUCCUGCAGAUCACUUUUCAUGUAUUCUAUGAGGAUGUUCCUACUGUUCUGCGUCCUCUGCCUGAUGUCUUCUACUGGCUACAGUCAGCUUCCAGGACCUCCUGGUCCUAAAGGUGACCCAGGACAUGACGGGCCAGCUGGGCCAGCUGGGCGACCUGGGCUACCUGGGGCACCUGGGGAACCUGGAGCGUGGGGACCAGUUGGACCGCCUGGAUCUGCUAUAUUCUGUGGACGAGGUGUCUCUGGUCAGGAACUUGAGACCUUAAAGAACAGCCUCGCUAAGUUAGAGCUGGUCGUGAACUAUGACUUUGUCCGAAGAGUUGGCCAGAAAUACUUUGUGUCCUACAAGAAGAGGGACUCUUUCUCCAGGGCCGUUGAGUUCUGCUCCCAACGAGGCCUAGAGCUGGCUUUGCCCCAGAACGAGGAGGAGAACAACGUACUUACUCAGGUGUUUGGGGAUGACAACAAAACAGCCUGGAUCAACGUCAACACUAACAAAGCUGAGGGGAAUUUUGAAGCUGAUAUGAAAAACCGACCUCUGACCUUUACGAAAUGGGGAGAAGGGCAGCCAGACAAAUCCAUCCAGGAUACAGGCUGCACCACGCUGUCAGAAAACGCCUUCUGGAGAGUGACACACGACUGUUCUCUGAAUGCUUACAUCGUUUGUCAGAUGUAGAAAGUUGUUGUUGCCUUGCAAGUCAUGUUUUAAAUGUUGCUUUAAACAAAUGUACAGUCUCAUAAUAUCCUGUGAAUCAAAAAUAAUGAAUUUAACUUUUUUCUCAUUUUGAUGAAGAUAUCAUGGAAACUUCAAGGUCCGGGUUUAGGAAUAACUCAAUGUAAUAGUUUCCCACCAACAUCCUUGUGAUAUGUAUCUUAAUCCCUCAAAAAAAACAUCUUGAUUGCAUCAGCAAUGUGGCAUUAUUACUCUUGUGGAAACAUUCCUCUACUAAAAAGAAUUUUAGCAAAUUAUUACACUAAUACUUUUCAUGGCUUUGUAAGAACUUUUCAAAUGGGGUGUGUUAAAUACCAAGUCUCUUGCUGUUCCUUGACUAGUUGGCCACCCCUAGAUAGAGGCAGAUGAAGUGUUUGGGACCCAUCAAUGAUGACAAAAGGAUACAUCCGCUGUCGGGGGUCUGAUUUAAAGGAAAUGGUACUCUUUAAAAGUGUUGGGUUUCCAGUGUUAAACUAAUGAGGAAGAAUUUGACAAAUCUAAAUCAACCAAAAACAAGUCCCUGAACUUUGUCUUUCAAAUGUAACACCUGAAUCUGUUAAGUCCUGACCAUUCCCUGACCGGGAAUUGAACCCGGGCCGCAGCGGUGAGAGCACCGAAUCCUAGCCACUAGACCAUCAGGGAGUCACAUCUAUCAAAUUUAUCUUUGUAGAUGUGAGUUUCCUUUUCACUUACUGGAAAGACUCAUAUUGUUUUAGGCGAGGAAUGGCGCCUGGCUAGAGCUUCAGAAGGCAGGACAUGACAGAUUACACAUCUGUCACAUAGUCAGUUUGUAGUCUUAAAACAGAACGAGAAGACGGCGGUAAGACAAAGCUGAUAUGACUAAUGUUUAACCUGUGUUACACUUUGAAACUAAAUAAACAGACACAUAGUUAACAGAGA